GAAUAACACUGUAUAGCCACCCAUACGGAGGAACCUUACUGAAUGAAGACAAAAUACUGGAGAGUGUCCGCCAGUGUGGAGUUGCACUCUGCAUCAUGCUGGGUUUCUCAAUCCUCACAGCAUCGAUUGGCAGUUCCAUAGUAAAAGACCGAGUGUGUGGAGCGAAGAGGUUGCAGCACAUCAGUGGACUUGGCUAUAGGACCUAUUGGUUUACUAAUUUCAUUUAUGAUAUGCUAUUUUACCUGGUUUCAGUCAGCCUGAGUAUUGGAGUUAUUGUUGCUUUCAAGCUAACAGCCUUCACUUUCCGAGAGAACUUGGCAGCCACUGCCCUCCUGCUGGCCCUUUUCGGGUAUGUGAUUGGAAAUGCCACUGUGGAAUUAUGGUGUGUUCCUUGCAAAAGAAAAACCCUAGGAUUUCUUCGAAACUGCUGUUGGGUGCGUGGUUUUCUCUCUCUUCCAGCAAUUAUGCUUAUUUAUGCCACUCUACCAUGGAUGUAUCUUCUAUCCCGAAUCUUUUCCAGUUCUGAUGUGGCUUUCAUCUCUUACAUCUCUUUAAACUUUAUCUUUGGUCUUUGCACCAUGUUAAUGACAAUAAUGCCAAGAUUACUUGCUGUGGUCUCCAAAGCACAGAAUUUGAAGGAUAUCUACAAUGUCCUCAAAUGGGUCUUUACCAUUUUCCCUCAGUUUUGCCUGGGCCAAGGUUUAAUAGAACUCUGCUACAAUCAGAUUAAGUUUGACCUAACCCAUAACUUUGGCAUUGAUUCCUAUGUGAGUCCUUUUGAAAUGAAUUUCUUGGGUUGGAUCUUCGUGGCAAUGGCCCUGCAGGGCACAACACUUCUUCUCUUGAGAAUCCUGCUGCAUUGGGACUUGCUUCAGAAACCAAGGAGUCACCCAGUCAUUCUUGGUCCAGUCAAUCCUUCUGAAGAUGUAGAUGUUAAAGAGGAGCAAAUGCGAAUUUGGGCCGGAAGAACAUACAAUGACAUUCUUGUGCUCCAGAACCUCCAAAAAAGUUACCAAGGUUUUGGCAAGAAGACCACUGCCGUGAAUGAUAUUAGCUUGGGAAUACCAAGAGGCGAGUGUUUUGGCUUACUGGGAGUGAAUGGAGCUGGGAAAAGUACAACAUUCAAAAUGCUGACUGGUGAUAUCACUCCAUCUUCAGGAUAUGCUGCCAUAAGGAAUUCAAGAGGGGACGAAAUGGUCCUGUCUUCUUCUGGUGCUGCAGGCAUUCUCAUUGGCUACUGUCCCCAGAAAGAUGCCUUGGAUGAGUUUCUUACUGGCUGGGAACAUCUUCAUUAUUACUGCAGCCUGCGUGGAGUUCCCAAACAGGAUAUCCAUAGGGUUGCUGGAGAACUUGUUAAUAAACUGCACCUUGAGGCUCACAUUGAAAAACCAGUAAAUACCUACAGUGGAGGAACGAAGAGAAAACUAUCCACUGCUCUGGCUUUGGUGGGAAAACCUGAAAUUCUCUUACUGGAUGAACCCAGCUCUGGAAUGGAUCCUGGCUCUAAGCGAUACCUCUGGAAAACGAUAAUGAAGGAAGUUCAGGAAGGAUGUGCUGCAGUUCUUACCUCCCACAGCAUGGAGGAGUGUGAAGCCCUUUGCACUCGUCUGGCAAUCAUGGUCGAUGGCAGUUUCAAGUGUCUCGGUUCUCCCCAGCAUAUUAAAAACAGGUUUGGGGCUGGAUAUGCUGUCAAAGUUUGGCUAAGCCAAGAAACAAGUCAACAUAAUGCCGUCUCUGAUGGUCUCAAACUCCAUUUCCCUGGAAUCCAAUUUAAGGGACAACGCCUUAAUUUAUUGGAGUUCCAUGUGCCACAAAGAUGGGGGUGCUUGGCAGACUUAUUCAAAGUUCUAGAGAACAAUAAGACUUUGCUGAACAUCAAACACUACUCUAUUAACCAGACUACUUUAGAACAGGUCUUUAUUAGCUUUGCUACCCAACAGCAGCAAACUCCUUAUCCUACCUUUGAAUCUUCAUCCGACUACAUGCGUCCUCAUUCUGUGUCAAUCUAGCUUCCAAGAAAUACUUCCAUCAAAGAAAUUCUAAGCAGUUGAAAACAACUCUCCUCCUGGGGGAGGGCUCAUUGUUCAGCACCUGAAAGAAACAACCAAGCUCCUCUCUUUACUUUGGAUAUGAGAAUAGUAAGUCUGAGAGGCUAAGUGACUUGUAUAAAGCCACACAGAUAAUUCAUGGACUAGAUAAGAACCAAGGUCUAUUGAUUCCUUGUCCAGCUCUAUUUUCUUUGGAUACAUUAACAUACUUUGUUUUUGUUUACCAAGUCAAAUGAGAUCACUUUCAAGUCAUGAAUUCAUUAAGUUAUAAUGCUGUGACAAAGAAAAUGGAGUCUUUCUGUUGCACAAAUGAUGCUCUCUCUAUAUAUUAAAAUACUUAUUAUUUAACCCUGCAGCCAUAUUGAAUAAAUUGAACAAGGUGCCAUAACUUAUACAUGACAGAAUUCUCCCUCAGGCCUUCAAGUUUUUAAUAUUUCUUUUUGGGAAGUGGGAAGAGAUUUAAUAGUGGUAAAUUGUGCUUUUCUUGACUUUGGCCUUAACUUCUUUUGUUUCUAAGAGAAAUAGAAUUGGAUCCUGUGUAAUGGAAUACAAAUAAAAAGCCACAAGGAUAUAGCAUUGGCCAAUAACAUUUUAGCUAAAUGUAAAUCUCUUAUAAACUUUGUAAAAUGAAGUCUUUAAAAAUACUGUCAUUUUGAGAAGGAAUCUACUCUGUAUUGAAAUAGAAUUGUCAUUUUAAAAUAUAUAUAUAUAUAUAUUUUUUUAAAAUAAUCAUAAUGCAUUUAUAUAGCAUGUUAACAUUUUCAAGGUGUUUGACACAUGUCAUAUCAUUUGGUUUUCCUUAGUCAAGAAGUGGUCAGAAUUUCUUAGGGCAGAAAUUGUCAACUCAUUUUUGUUACUAUCACAUGGAAACUCAAUGGGAGUGGUAGUAGUGGCUAAUUUAAUUUGUAUGUGAUUGCUUUGUGCAAAUUGAGUGACUAAAUAAUAUUCUGUGUUAAUUUAGGAGAAUUUUUUUUUCUUUUUGGCAACAUAUUUUCUUUGCUAUAAUGGUAUAUAAUUAGAAUCUCUCCAGAUCCAAGUGUUCUUAAUUGCAUCAUUUUCCAAGGGUAAUGCUCAAACCUUAGACCUUCUUAGUCAAUCAAGUGGCUUUGAGCCAUAUCCAUGUAAUUCUUUCUGAAAGAUACUAUGGUUUGUCACAUUUUAACCAAUUUUCAUUGUCCAAAGUAGAAAAUAUAAUUAUUUUGUAUUAAAUCUUUAAAAGUUACUGAAAUACGACCAAUCUUAUAGCAGUGAAUAAAAUAACUGUGCAUUAAUUUGGCCUGAUUCUUGGAUGUCAUUCUGUUUGUGGUUAUAUUUUUACUUCUUUGUAGCUUUAUCUGUAAUCUUUU